AUGUCCGGUACAGGUCCUCGAGAAUCCGUCUUCCCGACACGUAUGAAUUUGACCUUGACCAAAACUCGGUUGAAGGGCGCACAAACUGGUCAUUCGUUAUUAGCCAAGAAACGAGAUGCUCUGACCACGAGAUUCAGAACGAUUUUGAGAAAGGUGGAUGAAGCUAAGAGAUUGAUGGGUCGAGUUCUUCAACUGGCCUCUUUCUCACUUGCUGAAGUCACCUAUACAGCUGGGGAUAUAGGUUAUCAAGUUCAAGAAUCAGUAAAGAAAGCAACUUAUACAGUUCAAGCGAGACAGGAGAACGUCAGUGGUGUUGUCUUGCCUGCUUUUGAUGGUGUGAGGAGUAAAGAAGCCAGUGAUUUCAAUCUUACUGGUUUAAGUCGAGGAGGUCAACAGAUUCAGAAAUGUAGAGAUACAUACGUGAAAGCAGUUGGUACUUUGGUGGAACUGGCUUCGUUGCAAACUGCAUUCACCAUUCUCGACGAAGUUAUCAGAGCCACCAAUCGAAGAGUAAACGCUAUUGAGCAUGUCGUGAUCCCUCGUUUGGACAAUACUAUCAAAUACAUCAAUUCGGAGCUAGAUGAAAUGGACAGAGAGGAAUUCUUCCGACUCAAGAAAGUUCAAGGAAAGAAGAAGCGAGACGCUGAAAAGGCAAACGAGACUCGAUCUACUCAAAAUGAAGAUUACGCUGAAGGAGGUGGACAACUUCAUAAAGAUGAUGGCAUUGGAGGCGGUCAAGCUGGUGGAGCUGAUAUGCUGGAUGAAGGUAAAGACGAAGAUGUCAUCUUUUAG